AUGGGUCAACAUUUGAGUGGAGGAUUUACUGUGAGUCGCCUAACUUUUCGCUUUUCUAGGCCACCAAUCGGAUGGCCUAAGUUGCGCUUGAAGUUUCUAGGCCGUCCAUGGCUUCAGGGUACCUCUAGACUUCCCGUGUGGCCUAACUUUCUCUCACAUUUUUCUUCCAGAAAACGCCGGCAACACCGUCAUCUCCGCUGCCACCGACUCCAAAAUCGACGUCCGAAAAGGAAAAAGAAAAGUCGGCUCCUGUGGCCGUGGCCGUGGAUCCGCCCCGUUCUCGAAACUCGGCCAUAUCCUACGAGGUGCCGAAACGAAAAGAAGAGGUUCGGUAAAGCGCAUUUGUCAUGUCGCAACCAAUUGUUUUGCAGAAAGAGUCACUCUACGAGAACUUGAGCUACAAAGGAUGA